AUGGCCAUGGCCGCCGCUGUCGCGCGCCGCCUCCUCCGCCUGCUCUCCUCGCGCUCGAACCCUAAACCCGCCUCCCUCUCCUCCUGCUCCUCUUCCUCCUCCUUCGACACUCCGGCCACCGCCGGCGAGCGCGAGGGCGACCCCCUCUCGUGGCGCCUCCUCCGCCUCCGGUCGCCGGGCGCGGCGGCCGCGGCCAUCGACGGAUGGGCCCAGGAGCGCGGCCGCGUCUGGCGGCCGGACCUCCAGCGUGCCGUCUCCCAGCUCCGCCGCGCACGCCGCUACGGCCACGCUCUCGAGAUUUUAUCAUGGAUGGACUCACGCAAAGAAAUUAAACUAUUACCAUUGGAUCAUGCAGCUAGACUGGACUUGAUUGCGAAAGUGCACGGUACUUCUCAAGCUGAGGAAUAUUACAACAAAUUAACAAACUCUGCUUCAAGGGAAGCUGCCUCAUUCCCUCUCCUCCAUUGCUAUGUUGCUGACAGAAAUGUUCAGAAAGCAGAGUCCUUUAUGGCUAGCCUGCAGAGUAUUGGGCUGCCCGUCGAUCCUCACUCGUUCAAUGAAAUGAUGAAACUCUAUGUUGCAACAUGUCAGUAUGAGAAGGUGUUCAGUGUAAUCGAUCUGAUGAAACGCAACAACAUUCCCAGGAAUGCUCUCUCAUAUAACCUUUGGAUGAACGCAUGCUCUGUCUCUGAUGUUUCGUCUGUACAAUCAGUCUUCAAGGAGAUGGAUAAUGAUGGCACAAUUGAGGUUGGUUGGAGCACAUACUGUACAUUGGCCAACAUCUUCAAGAAACAUGGACUGAAUAGUAAAGCCCUGGCUUGCCUUAGGACGGCCGAAACAACAUUAUCAACAACACAGCGCUUAGGAUAUUCUUUUGUAAUGACAUGUUACGCUGCUCUGGGUGACAACGAUGGGGUUAUGAGACUGUGGGAGGCUAGUAAAUGUGUCCCAGGUAGAAUCCCCGCUGCUAACUACAUGACUGCUAUUUUAUGUUUGAUAAAAGUUGGCGACAUUGACCGGGCUGAGUGGAUAUUUGGAAGCUGGGAAGCGGUGUGCAGGAAGCAUGAUGUGCGGGUUUCAAAUGUUCUUCUAGGUGCUUAUGUGAGGAACGGGUGGAUUGAAAAGGCUGAGAAGCUUCAUCUGCACAUGCUCGAGAAAGGUGCACGGCCAAACUACAAUACGUGGGAGAUAUUGAUGGAGGGAUUUGUUCAGAGUAGGCAGAUGGACAAGGCUGUCAAUGCCAUGAAGAAAGCUUUAUCUCUAAUGAAGAGCUGCCAUUGGAGACCUCCACUCAAACUGGUUGAGGCCAUCGCAGCAUUCUUCGAGGAGCAAGGAAACACGGAUGAUGCAAGCAGAUAUAUUAAGCUUCUUCAAAAGUUUAACCUGACAAGCUUGCCCCUGUACAAGUCCGUGCUUCAAGCAUAUAUUAAAGCUGAUACCGUGGUGCCAACAAACAUUUCCGAGAUGAUAGCAAGAGAUGACAUCGUUAUGGAUGAAGAAAUGGACCACUUGAUCAUACGUGCUAGCAAGAUAGAUAUCAGAGGCGAUGUGUAA